AUGUAUAAAAAUAUAAUUUUAUUAUUUGUUAUAUUUUGUGUAGCAAUUUCUCAAUCACAACCCCCUGGUGAACCACAAAAACUCUUUUUGAUUGAAUCUCCACGUUGCUUUGGUACUGGUUAUAUAUUCAUCGAAACUUGCACUUUCUACUGUGGUCAAUAUGUCAUUAUACGUGAAGAAUCUCCAUUUACAUAUACUCCAUAUAUAUUUGAUGAUUCUAAUUGCGUAAAACCAAAUCACCAACAAUAUCAUAUACCAAAUAAUUUCAAAUGCAAAGCAGGUGAUGAUGUUACAGUUGAAGAUUUCAAAGUAUCAUGCAUAGACAAUUCAUCAGUAACUCCAUCAGAAACAUCAUAUCCAUCCCCAUCACCACCAUCCCCAUCACCACCCAUCCAAUAUAGCUCAGAACUACAAGCUAUUAUGUAUACCUACGGUGAAAUUGUAUUUAUUAUCUUAUUCGUUUUUAUAUCUGGUAUUUUAGCAAUUACAACAUUCAGUUGUAUGUAA